CCAUUUCGGCCUAUGCCGAUGACGCAACCAAGAUUACCCGCAUGCAAGGCCGCCUCCGUGACCGCGCUGCAUGGUGGUCCGCCUGGACUUACUCGCGUUCCUGAUUUGGUGCAAGAAGGCGAUUGGCUAUUCACCAUCGAUCUCAAAUCUGGGUACCACCACGUCGACAUUCACCCCGCCUUUUGGCGGUUUCUCGGAUUCUCCCUGCAAGGGCAGGCUUACCAAUUCCUCUCCUUGCCUUUCGGGCUGGCUACAGCGCCAUUUGUGUUUACCCAGUUAAUUAAGCAACUCUCCAAACGCUGGCGUAGCCGUGGCAUCCGGCUUAUUCCAUACGUCGAUGAUAUCCUAUUCAUUAGUGCCACUCGAACGGAGGCACUUCACAACCGCUCUAUAAUCAUCGCCGACCUUGCAGCCGCGGGCUUCGUAGUGAAUUUAAAAAAAUCACAACUCACGCCGGCACAAUCUUUGAAGUUCUUGGGCCUCUUGCUGGACACGCGCACCACCACAUUCUCUUGACCGUUAUGCCUUUAGCGGUGCCGGUC